UAUAAAUUUACCCAACUAUUAUCAUAGUCAAACUUCAUUAAGCUUUGACCGUAUGAUAUAUUUAGUUAAGUAAAACUGAAACGGUCAUUAUAAUAUGAAUGAAAAACCUCGCAAUAGUUUUAUAAGUAGAAAGGUAACCGAAGAAAAAUUGCUGAAAGACGCCUGUACAACCACAGACUUCGCGGACACGCCUGCUCACGAUGUCCAAGCCACAGCGCGGUCGACAACUGUCGGAGACUUCCCUGGACGUCUACAUACCAUCAUUCCCUGGUUCUCCAAGGUCUGUGAACUACCAAGGCUCAGAGAUAUCGAUUUUGUCCGAUGUGGAAAGUGAAGAUUGGAAAAGAGCUAUAGAGUUCAUACACCGCGACCAUGAUUUAUUACUUGCUGCGGAGACUGGGAAUGACGUACUGAUUGAUAUACUUAUCCGCAAAGGCACGAACAUCCAGCAAAGAGACCACCUCGGCCGCAAUGCCCUGCAUCUGGCUGUCUGUGCUGAGAGUAGGAGAGCAAUCGUCCUUCUGCUGCAAGCUGGGAUCAUCCCCACUAUCAAAGACAACCUGGGCAUGACUCCUUUGUCGUUGUGCCUUAUGAGAAGGCCAUCAGUAGAAGUAGCUAAUCUGUUAUUUUCACAUGGUGCAGUAAUUUUACCACGUGUGACUCCUAACGAUACAGGCUUGUUCUUACAAUUCAUCAUGAUGUGUAAACCGACUGUCGAAGAGCGCAAAAUAAUACGUCUACUGGUUGAUAAAGGUGCUAAAGUUAAUGAUCCGGAAGCCCCUGGGGGCCGACAAGCACUUCACUUCGCUGCCAUGAGCAAUAACUGUGAUUUAAUCAGGCUCCUUGUCGAUCUAGGAGCAGACUUAACUAUGACCAACCACAGAAAUGAAACACCGACACAAGUCGCUAAAACAUUUAACUGCAGGAAUGCUUAUAGACUACUAACGAUAAUUGAAGAGUUCUUUGCUGACAAAACUUUUUCCAAUAUUUCGUCAUCAGAUACUGAUGCUAAUGCUAAUACUGGUACUACUGCGUCUAUUGACGCAGACCUUGCAAGUUUAUUGAAUAGACCUAUGUAAUAUUCUCUCUCUCUCUCUUUCAUUUCUGCGUUUUCCUGGUUCCUUCCUUCUUCUGCGUCAAAGCUUGUUUAUAUUAUAUUGCUCA